AUGGAUUUAGCGAAGAAUAGGAAAGCGGAAAUGAAAAGGCAACGAGAACUAAAAUACAUUUGGCAUAGCAAGCAUGAUGGCAUGCUCACAUAUUCUGGAAUUUUCUCCAAUAAUGCUUUGUGCAUAUAUGUACCAAUUCUUGCACUUACUUGUACGACGUUUUUACUUGAAUGUCCAUCUUGCCGUGCAGAAUGUGCAUCUGUGUCUAGUGUUCGUUGUGAUAAAUGGUAUUGCACAUAUUGUGAGAAGAUGUUCCGGAGGGAAAGAUAUGCUGAGCGGAAUGUCAAUGCUGUUGCAGCUGGUAGAGCCCCGGGUGGUGAUCCAAUAGCACAGCUAACAGGUGGCUCCACUAGCAUGGUCAAGGACCUCGAAGAAGCUGAAGUAAUAGCGUGCAUAAUCUGCAGAUGCCAUGAUUUUAGUACAUCGGGUUUUGGUCCUCGUACCGUCAUAGUGUGUGAUCAGUGCGAAAAGGAGCAUCAUGUGGGCUGUUUGAAAGAAUGCGGGAUGGAUGAUCUAAAGGAGCUUCCUGAAGGAAAAUGGUUCUGUUCCGAGGACUGCAAGUGGAUCCACUCAGUACUGCAGAAUUUGUUGAAUGCCGGAGCAGAGGAGCUCCCAGAUUCUUCUUUGAAUAUUCUAAAGAAGAAGCUAGUGGGAAAUAAUAGGGUUGCUGAUGCUGGUAUUGACGUGAGAUGGAGGCUUUUGAGAGGAAAGGACAGUUCAAAGGAAGACAGAGCACUGCUGUCACAAGUGGUAGCUAUAUUUCAUGAAUGUUUUGAUCCAAUUAUUGAUUCAGAAACUGGGUGUGACUUGAUUCCGCCUAUGGUUUAUGGGAGCAAUAUAAGGGGCCAAGACUUUGGCGGAUUGUAUUGUGCAAUUUUAACGGUGAACUCAAUUGUUGUGUCAGCCGGGAUCAUUCGGAUUUUUGGACAAGAUAUGGCUGAACUCCCGUUAGCUGCAACGCGCACUGGAUACCAGGGCAAGGUAAGUUCUAAUUUAUGCUAUAAAUGUUACAACUCAGUGCCUACAUAA